UAUGUUUUCGUAGGUCAAAAGUCGGUCACUCUGAAAGCCAGCAGCACAAUAAAUUUUUUGUUUUCUCAACCGAUUGCAAAGAAAACCCUUAUAUCCGAAACAAAUUUAAGAUGCUGCGGCGAUAGAACACUAAAUCGAGUUCAUAGUCGUAUUGGGACACCCUAAAGUCCCCGAAAACCGCACGAAAUCAAAAGGCUACCCAUAUUGCCCGUGUUCGUGUGUACGUGAGUGAGAGUGUGCCGUCGCAGUGUGCGUGUUUGUGUAAAAAUGAAAAUCAGUAAAAUCAUUUGUUAGUCGUUCUACGUCUUUUAGGCAUUUCAACAGGCUUUUACACAUUUCUACAAUUAUUAGCAAGGUGGGUGGGAUUUCUUGGGGGAACAGAACACAUCACACACACUACAUACAACACCAGCACUUUCGAAAAAGAUUGAGGAUUCGAACCCGCGGAUUAUAGAAACUCACUUGGAUUUGGAUACUGACGAAACCUUGUGGGAAAAUAUUUGAACCGCCUGCUAUGCUGUUUCAUCUUCGCUCUUUCGCUCGUUUGCCCGUUCGCCAGAAAACAACGACAAUCACCUGCUGAAAACUUGAGUCAGCCAACAAUAUAGAGAUCCGAGAAUUUCAUUCACAGAAGCACAGGCCCCAGUCGAAAACAGAAACCCGCUUCAAGAUGGCUAUACCGCCACCACCGGGACCGCCACCGCCGCCAGGACCUCCGCCGCCUCCGGCGAUGGGUGGCCUCAAGUUGGGCGGCGGAGGAGGAGGCGGAGCGGACGCCCGAUCUGCCCUGCUCAGCUCGAUCCAGAAGGGAACGAAGCUGAAGAAGACCACCACGGUGGACAAGAGCGGACCGGCGCUAAGUGGCAAGGUGUGCGGAGGAGACGGCGGCGGGGGAGUUGGCGCCAAGAGGGCCCUCAACAAUAAUACGAGCACAAGCAACCACAACAACAGCAGCAGCAAUGGCCUUGGCAAUGGAGCCGCCAAAUUGGGAGGCCUGUUCGAAGGCCUAUCGCAAAUGCCGAAACUGAAGCCCGUGAACGGCAUUCGCGCAACGCCAUCCGCCGGUUCAGCAGCAGCAGCAACAACAGCAACAUCGAAAUCCACAUCGAACUCAACGGCCCAGCAGCGAAGCAAUAGCCCCCCAGCCGCGGCGACCGCCUCGAACGCCAGCAACGGACCCAUGGACUUCAACACGGAGCUCACCAAGCACUUAACGUUGAAGCGCCAAAAACAGCAGCAGCAGCAACAGCAACAACAACAGCCACAGUCACAGCCGUCGACAAACAACUCGCAUAUAAAUGCAACAGAAGCGAAUCUGAGAACAAAUAGGGGACCACCACCGCAACCGCCAAAGCCAGUCAACUCAAGUGAUUCGAUCUUGGAGCGCAUGAACAUCCCCCGCACAGCGCCAACCCCCUCUUUCACCGCCAGUUCGGGUGUCAAAGCGGCAUCGCCCACGCUUUCGGACAGCGGCAGCAACAGCAGCGGGAGUGGAGGCGGAAGCGUCAAGAGCAAGGCGGCCAACCUCAAUAUCUCGUUAGGCAAUAGUUUUGUAAAUAGUUCAAAAUCAACGACGAGUGCCUCGACCACGUCGCUGAACUCCAGCCAAACGUCCUCGUCGGGAUCGAUGCGCAAUCUGGCGCCCAAUAAAUCGACACUGUUUGGUGGCAGCGGCGGUGGUUCUAGUUCCGGUUCAGUUUCUGGUGGUGGUUAUGCGUCCGUGCAGAAGUCCUCGCCGCCCUCGACGGCUGACAGUACGCCCUCGGUAACGGCCACACCGUUGGCGUUGCAGCAACAGAUGAAACCGGCCAUCAGCUUUGGCAAGCCGAAUUUCGCGCCGAAGCCACCGGGCCUCAAUCAACUGGCGCUGGCCAACGGACAGCAGCGUCCGGCGGUGACCAGGCACCACAGCAUGAAGUCGCCCAGAUCUCCGCCAGCGGUGGGCAGUGUGAAUGGUCCGGUGUUCCCCACCCAGCAGCACUUGGGCACCCUGCGUGGUCCACUGCAGUUCCAUGGCAGCGAAUCCAGCGGACACAACACCAGCGCAGGCAGCAUGCGAUGUGCCCCCAACCCGCCAAAGUGUAAGAGUCCUUUCCUUGCCCGCCCAUCGGUUAAACCACCGCCACCGCCCACGCCGGCUCGCAGUUUCUCCAACAGCAACCUGAACAACAUUGGCGGAUCGUCGCCUUUUAGUGCGGUGAACACGGCCUUGAUCCAGAGCUCGGCCACCACCACACAGGCUCCCUCGCCACCGGUCACCCAGCCGCCCUCCUCGUCCAGCAGCAGCAACAGCGUGGCCGCGCUGCGUGACCAGUUCCGUGGGGGCGCUGGAAUGUCCAAUGGGGCACCAUCGCCUCCCCUGCCACCGACGCCCGCUCCCACCUCCAACUCAUCCUCGGCCACCGCCAGUCCCAAAUCGAUGCUGCGCGACAAUGUCAAACCGAUUAUCCUAAAUGGAGGUCCUCUCAAUCCGCCAGCGCCGCCACCGCAUCGCAGCUGCCCACCUCCGCCUCCACCGCAGCGACAGUCGAGCAAUCAGGACCGAGUGAGGCGCUGGAUGCGCCAGAAGCUGUGCUUGUUAAGGCAGACAAUCCUAGAACGCAAAAAGAAGCACGGUGGGCUGCCAUUCAAGGUUAUCAAAAUGCUGAUGCUAAACAGCAAGCGCAACGGUGGUUCCGCAUCGGGAUCAGCGCCAGUUCCGCCGCAGCGUCACUCCUCCAUACGGCCCAACGCCCCAUCGACGCCACCCACGCACAUGGCGAACUCAUCGCUUCAGUUUGGCAGCAGCUCGGGAUUGUCGUCGGGAUCGAAUGCUGGAACUGCGGCCAGCGUGGGUCGCCUGGUCAACGAUUUGGAGACCAAGUUUGGCAAGCGAUUCCACAACGUCACCGAGUUCCCAAAGCCGCCGCCGUUUCUAAAUAUACAAAAAGUCUAUCCUAGUCGCACGUUUAAGGCCACCAACGCACCCGGAAACAGCAAUGUGAACAACAACAACAGCUCGGUGGCCAGCAAUAAUAAUACGACCCCGAAUCCCACUCCCAAUCCUGGUGGAUCAGGAGGAGCAGCUCCAGUUUUGAAGCCAGCGUAUGCACCACUGAAGAAACACCGGGCACCAGCACCACCGCCUCAAGCGGGCGUGGCAGCCGCCACGGUGUCAGUCAUCCGGCAGUCGAGCUUCCUUUACGGCGGAGCAGCAGGUGGUUCCGGUGGCUCCACCAGCAUACGACCACAGUCGCAGCCGGCGGGGAUUGGGCCCAGGAACUCCACCGUCUAUUGAACCGGUCAUCUUGAGGGAAGAUAAUGGAUGCAGCUUAGUGUUUGAUUUGUAAAUAGGUGUGCGUGUGGAGUGUGCUUGUGGCUUCGUUGUUGUUUUGUGUGGGAGGAAGUGUUAUGUGCCACAGGCAAAUGUUCAAAAUGUCAAUGGAAAGCGCCUAAAAUAAACCGAACACAAUAGCACACUGAAAGCAAGGAGAGCUUAAGUAAAAAUCUACAAAAAUUCCCGUAAAAAAUUCGUUGGCGUCUUCCCCGGGCUGCACAUUAAUAGUUAAAGCUGAAAAAAUGUAAACCCACUCAAAAAACUGUAUAUAGAACUAGCACGAAGUUAGUGAAAUUAUCAAACGGCAUCUAUACCUUUUAUAUGCGGGUGUUAAAAAUUGUAUGUACAUUUAGGAGCUCGCCUCUUUGCAUAAAUAUCUUACUAGACUGAACAUGUUAAAACCCAACAGCAACAAUUAAUUAAUGUAAUUAUAUACGAUAUUUAGAAUCGAUUAUUGUACGACUUAAUCCCCUAGAGCAAUACACACACAAAGAGAAAAAUGUUAACAAUGCAAUACUGAAGCACAACCGAGAGCAUUUCAACGAAACUCGCCGCAUUCCAUUUCAAUUAUCUUUAGUUCAAUGUGCAAUACGAGAGUUUGUGUGAUAAUCUCCAGAGUAUUAAGGUAUUUAUCUAUCAUCUGUGGUUUGGUAAACGUUUGUUAAACUCCUUUUUGGACUAUAACUAUUGCAAGUGAACAUAAUACACAUUAAUAUUAUUAUUCUUAUUAUUAAAUUCAAUCAUUGUUGUUGGACUUGGUGUCAUUAGAGGUAUUAUUCAGCAAUUGCAUUACAUUUUAUUCCAAAUCAAAAUCAUUGCAGUUAUAAAUAAAAUUACGAAGUCAUUCAAAAAUUGA